CAAUUUGUUGUGUCCUCACUUCCAUUAACCAAUCCUCUUCACCACUCCCUCAAAGGCCCUUCCUUUUGGUUUUUAAUGGUCUAGUAUUCAAUUUCAUGGAAAAUAAACUCCACCCAGAAAUCGGAGGGAAGAGGUAAUAUAAAAUAAAACACAGAAGUUAAGGAUAAGUGCACAAUCUAGUCCUUCAAAAGUGCACCUUUUUUUGCUUAUGGCCUAAAAUCCACCUCGUAUUCCUGGGGAAACAAAGGGAAAAGCAAAGAUAAGUUCGAUUACAGGCCCCUGGUGUGAGCUUUGACAUGGCAUGUAGCUGAGAAAGAGUGUUGGAAUUGUGGUUGGUAUCUUUGGAGAUGUCAGGAGGUGGGUGUAGCAUUGUUUGGUUCAGGAGAGAUCUGAGGGUUGAGGAUAAUCCUGCACUAGCAGCUGGUGUGAGAGCAGGGGCUGUGAUUCCUGUGUUUAUAUGGGCACCUGAAGAGGAAGGCCCCUUUUACCCUGGGAGGGUCUCAAGAUGGUGGCUCAAGCAGAGUUUGGCUCACCUUGAUUCCUCUUUGAGGAGCCUUGGCACUCCUCUCAUCACCAAGAGAUCUACUGACUGCGUUUCUUCUCUCCUUGAGAUUGUCAAAUCUACCGGAGCCACUCUUCUCUUCUUCAAUCAUUUGUAUGAUCCCUUGUCACUUGUCAGGGAUCACCGGGCAAAGGAGGCUUUAACUGCUCAAGGCAUAGCUGUACAUUCCUUUAACGCGGAUUUGCUGUAUGAACCAUGGGAUGUUAAUGAUGCCCAGGGCCACUCAUUCACAACCUUCUCAGCUUUCUGGGACAGAUGCCUUAGCAUGCCUUAUGACCCUGAGGCACCUCUCCUUCCUCCCAAGAGGAUUAACCCAGGUGACGUGUCAAGGUGCCCCUCAGACACAAUUGCAUUUGAAGAUGAAUCUGAGAAGGGUAGCAAUGCACUUCUUGCUCGAGCAUGGACACCUGGAUGGAGCAACGCUGAUAAGGCCCUAACCAUAUUCAUUAAUGGACCAUUAAUUGAGUAUUCUAAGAAUAGUAGGAAGGCUGAUAGUGCUACAACCUCAUUUCUCUCUCCCCAUUUGCAUUUUGGGGAGGUGAGUGUGAGGAAAGUAUUCCAUCUUGUCCGCAUCAAGCAGGUACUGUGGGCCAACGAAGGGAACAAGGCUGGUGAAGAGAGUGUGAACUUGUUCCUUAAGUCCAUUGGGCUUAGGGAAUAUUCAAGAUACUUGAGUUUUAACCAUCCUUACAGUCAUGAAAGGCCACUUCUUGGACACCUGAAGUUCUUCCCUUGGGUUGUUGAUGAAGGCUAUUUUAAGGCAUGGAGACAAGGUAGAACUGGAUAUCCAUUGGUGGAUGCUGGCAUGAGAGAGCUAUGGGCCACCGGUUGGAUGCAUGAUCGGAUAAGGGUUGUGGUUUCUAGUUUUUUUGUGAAGGUUUUGCAGCUUCCAUGGCGGUGGGGAAUGAAGUAUUUCUGGGAUACACUGUUGGAUGCAGAUCUUGAGAGUGAUGCUCUUGGUUGGCAGUAUAUAUCUGGUACUCUCCCUGAUGGCCGUGAGUUUGAUCGCAUAGACAAUCCACAGUUUGAGGGUUACAAAUUCGACCCUAAUGGAGAAUAUGUACGAAGGUGGCUCCCUGAACUUGCUAGGCUUCCUACUGAAUGGAUACACCACCCAUGGAAUGCACCAGAAUCUGUACUCCAAGCUGCUGGAAUUGAGUUGGGGUCAAACUACCCUCUCCCUAUUGUAGAGAUAGAUGCAGCAAAAGCCAGGUUGCAAGAAGCACUUUCAGAGAUGUGGCAAGCAGUAGCAGCUUCAAGAGCUGCAAUUGAGAAUGGAACCGAGGAGGGCCUUGGAGACUCUGAAUCAGCCCCAAUUGCCUUUCCUCAAGACGUACAAAUGGAGGAGAUUCCUGAGCCUGUGAGGAACAACCCUACCACUACUGCAGUUAGACGCUAUGAGGAUCAGAUGGUUCCAAGCAUGACUUCUUCUUUUCUAAGGAUUGAAGGAGAACCAUCUUUGGAUAUUCAAAAUUCAGCAGAAAAUAGCAGAGCAGAAGUCCCAACAAAUGUUAAUGCAAAUCAAGAACCAAGAAGGGAAACUCUUAACCGAGGGGUUACACACACAGUUCGAAGCAACAACCACAACCUGCCACAAUUUAAUAUUAUGAUAGGGCGGAAUACUGCUGAAGAUUCCACAGCAGAAUCUUCAAGCACCACAAGGAGAGAGAGGGAUGGAGGUGUAGUUCCAGUUUGGUCUCCCUCAACUUCUAGUUAUGCAGAGCAGUUUGUGAGUGAAGAGAAUGGCAUUGGAACCAGUUCAUCUUACUUGCAGAGGCAUCCACGGUCUCACCAGUUAAUGAAUUGGAAGCAACUUUCUCAAACUGGGUAAAUAUUUGAAUGUGACGGUACAAGAAUCUGGGAAGAGGAGAAAGUGACUAGGACGGGCCCAUAGGCUGGUGAACCAGCACCCAGCACACAUCCUUAUAUCCACUCCUUUUUUGUUCACUAGUCACCUGAUCAACAGUUGAUCCCCAGUGCAUGAAAUCUCGAACUGAUACAGGCAGCUCAUCUGCUAUCCUUUUUCCACGUUUCCUGUUGUAUCAUACAUGUAGCUCUACUGUAUAGUAAAAUGUUCUCAUAAGGAAAGGAAAUAGAGUCAUAAUAGGGAAGGGAUAUGUAGUCCUCUAAUAAACCCAGGCUUGUGCUGUUUCAUUUUAUUGAUUAGGCAGAUAUUCUUGUUGUAAUCCAUAUUUAUGUUAUCUCCAUUUUGUUUUUCUGUCGCAA